UUUCGGCUUUAGAAAUUUGCUUUCAUUAUGCCACGAGGAGGUAAAAAAGACAGAAGUGGGAAACUGCAAGAAGAAACGUCAGCUAAACAUAAACUUGAAUUAGACAACGACGAACCUGAAACAGAUAACAGUCCUAGCAGCAGUCCUGCCAGAGAAGAAACCCCACUAGUACCAAGGCAAGGGAAAAAGAGAGAAAAUGAAAAUUGUGACGAAUUCUCAUCAGAAAUGCAGAAGAUGCUAGAAUGUUUUGGAGCUGACAUAUCAAAGACAUUGGUGAACAAGAGGAAGCGCCUAGAACAGUAUACUCAGAAUUCAUUGAAAUCUAGCACCAAGAAAGUGGAAGACAUCUGGAAGAUGCAGCAGGCAGAAAGGCAAAAGUUGCAGGAUGAAUAUGUAAGACAAGUUGGUACAGUAUUUCAGCAGUGGGAGUCCGACAUUGAAAAAACUAAAGAACAGGAGGAAAAACUUAAUCAAAUGUUCAAGCAACAGCAGAAAAUGUUUCAACAGGCAAGAGUUGUACAAAGUCAGAGACUGAAAACAAUAAAACAACUGCAUGAACAGUUCACUAAGGGAAUUGAGGAGCUGGAGAGAUGUCACCAUAAUCAGCAAUCAUCUGUGCAGUCUGAACUGAAAAAAGAAAUGUCUCUUCUACAAAAGAAAAUACUCAUGGACACUCAACAGCAGGAAAUGGCAAAUGUGAGGAAAUCAUUACAAACAAUGCUAUUCUAGGAAGAUUUCAUGGUUGUUAAAACUAUGAUGCUGUUGAAUCAUGAAAUUUGAUGGGUUUUUUUCCCCUACUUUAUUGUUACUUGUACACACUAUACUUGUUACAUAGCUCAUGAAAUUGAAGGUUGGAAUAAAAUGAAUAUUUAAA